UGUCUCCAACUUGAGUAAGAGAAUCAGUCGCGUACAGCCGGUCGUUCUAUUCGCAGUGUCAACGUCUUUACUACGUCUCAACCGGCAUCAAUAGUGUAUUUAAUAACUUGAGAAUACUCCAUUCAAAAACUUUCGUUCAACUACAAUAGUCUUUUGAAGUUGAUUCAUUGUUUGUUAAUUUAUUUGACUUUCUUGUUAGUGAAAUUAUACGAGUUGUAUAAGUACUUGAGUACUAGAGUGGUUUGACAACAUAAUACCUUGUCACUUAAGUAUUUAAAAUUAUUUAAUUAUUAUUAUUGAUUUCAUUGAAAUUGAAAUUGAAAAAAAAGAACAAAAACAAUCAUGAAGAACGUGGUGGAGAAACAGUUAUCCUGGUUUGCUAUUCUCUUAGCAGCAUUUUAUUCUUUACUGGCGAGUUGUCGAGGAGAAGAGUGUGGUCAUGAACAUCUUGCCAGGUGCGCUAGACCACUUGGAAAAAUUACUGACAACAACGAUCUGGGCUUUGUCACAACGAAAAAACAGCUUCAAGUUCUUUGUCCAGAUUUACAGUCGGGUAUGGGCUGUAUAAAACUGUAUACCCUGAGAUGCAUGAAAGAAAGUCAGAGGCAGAAUUUUUUUUCGCUAUAUAAGGGUGUUAACAUGGCAAUAAUAGAACUAUGUCAAGAAGGCGCUUAUCAAGAUGCUUUCCUGAAACAUGCUCCAUGUAUGCAAAAAGUACAGUCUGAUUACGAAUUAUGUUCAAAAAAAUACCAGAACACUGUUCGUGAAUUAGAGAACCAGAAUUUAACAAGAUCAUCCGAGCCUGUCAAGUCUGUUUGCUGUGCAUUUCAAGAAUUUUUGGAUUGUUCUCAUCAUACAGUACGUCGAAAGUGUGGUGAGGAAACGGCUGAAUUCACUAAAAACUUUUUAGACAUGAUGUCCAAUUCAUUAAUUAAGACACAUUGUGCACCAUACAAACGAGCAGAUUGUAUUUAUUCAGGAGCAGCAUCUACCGGUGGAAUGAGCGUCAUAUUGAUCACACUUCUGUCAUUGUUACUGUCAUAUCUUUUUACAUAAAAUUACACUUCUGAUAUGUAUAAUAGUGCCGUGACAGAGGCACAGAAGUGCCUUUGCUAUUUGUUGUUCUUCCAUGCGUCCAUUUACGUCAUUAGUGAUUUUCAUCUGAAAUCACUAUGAAAUAAAACCGCAAGAUGUAGUUCACAGACAGUCGUAGUGAGAAUAAUCAAUGAAGAUCAAAGGUCUAUAAAUUUCAAGGAAGAUCAACUAAAGUAGAUAGGAGUUGAACCGGAUGAACGGUGAAUGUUAGUCCAAAAGUAUCUACUAUCAAUCUAAUGACAGUUUGUUUAUUCUAAAUGACAAAUAUCAGAAGUCAUCAAGUUAUCUUGUUCACUGUUAACUUCAAAUUAGAUCUAUUCACGUGUAUAUAAUUACGAAAAUUGUUCAGUGAAUUCCUGUUCUUUUUGAUAACUCUGCCUAUUUUAUAUACUCAUUUUCUGAAUGUAUACUCCAGAAGAUGCGAGUUCUAAGGAUUGUAUAUAUUUUUACAGACAAGAUACUUAUGUUAUGUUAUCAACUUUCUUAUUCUCAGUUGUGUCCAGAUAAUUUGUGAUUUGAGGAUAUUCGUGAGAUCAACAAAUUCAUUCUAGCAUACUGAUUUGUUUGAGCUAAGAAAAAUAUCAAUACAUAAAAUAAUGAUUAUAAAAAAUAGUUUUGCUGAUUUUAAAUAAAGAAGACUAUUGUAAAUUUCAACGGCCUACUUAGAAUGCUAAUAGUUCUUCAAGUAACCAUUCAAAAAAGUCUAGCAUGCUGUACUUUCAAUUUUCUCUUCCAUUGUGAUUUAUUGAAUAAUAAUCAAGUAGUUUGAGUAAGUUACUAAAAAAUAGAUGCCAGUUGUUAAGUAAUAGAUGAAUACAUUGAAUACCAAGUUCAAAAAAAGUUGGUAUAGUGACCAAAACUAUUAUGAGCUCAAGCAAAUCAAAAUGACUCGACUGAUUCCUAGUUUUAAAGUCACAAAGCCUCAAAACCAACUGGACUGGUUCAUUAGUUUAGUUUUAAGCUCUUAAACGCAUUUAGAAGCAAAAUUGAUUAUAUAUAAAAAAAAAUAUAUGUAUAGAGAGAAAGAUGAAUAUAUGGUAUUUGUAUAAUACCAAUCAUCAUAGAAGGAUUAACAAGUACGAGUUGUCAGUAUCUUGUGCUAUAUGUAGAAGUAGAUGGUAGCUUUUUUGUCAGACAUUGCUCUUUAGGAAAAUUCCAUUGACAUCAGUGACUGGAUCUUUGUUUUAUAUUUAUGUACAUGGUGUACAUGUAAGAGUGAAUGAGGCGAACUUAAAAAGCUCUUGGUUCUUCAGCCCUUUUGUAUUUUACCCUUCUUGCAAUGAACUAUCGAUUCUCAUGGCCAAAAGUUAAAGUAACAAACUAUUGUUUUUUUUUUAUUUCUAUUCUUACUUUAUACACGUAGGUCUGCCAGCUACUUUUUGUUUUUCUCUAGUCUCUUAGGACAUCUACUUAUCUGGGGCCGUAGAUAGGACUGUACUCGUUUAGUAGAUGUUGUUAAACUGUGCAGUAGAAUAGUAUAGAGAAAGAAAAGAGGAAAAACUACGAGUAUCUUUUUAACAUUAUUGGACAAUUCAUGAGAAUCGAUUUUAAAAUUGCCAAGUUUAUGUUAAAUUAUUUUUCUCAUAAAUAAAUACGCGAAUUACAAGAAGAAAAAUGUUAGAUUAAAGUUAUUUUAUCAAGUAAAUGAUAUUUGUUUUCUGAUAAAACAUUUACUGGAAAAGUAA